UGUGACACAAUGAGAAAUUGGUUGGAAGCCUUCCUAUGUCCUGCUAAGACUUCCCUGCGCCAUUAACCAGCUUCAACUCCGAUCCGCACCCUAGCCCAGAAUUGAACGUACUCCAAAAUCUACGAUGGGAAGCAACUCAGUAGAUCAAGAAGCCAGUCACGCCGUCACGAUUUGGGAGGUCGACAAGGAGCGCCUAGCCCAGAUGGAAAAGAGGAUCUCCGAGACCAACCCACAAUUACUAAGCAUAGCCGCCGGUAGAAGCACUUGUUGCAUCUUCAGAGUCCCCCAUAACCUAAUCGAAAUCAACGGCAAGUCGUACCAGCCCCGCAUAGUCUCCAUCGGACCCUACCAUCGCGGCCAGCCUAACCUCCAAAUGAUGGAGGAGCACAAGUGGCGGUACCUCCGUUCCUUGCUCUCCAGGACGAAGGAAGCCAAAGGUAUAAUCUUAGAGGACUACUUGAAAAGCAUACACUCACUGGAAAAGGAUGCCAGAGAGUCUUAUUCAGAAACCAUCCACCUCGGCACCGAUGAGUUCCUCGAAAUGAUGGUUCUUGAUGGUUGUUUCUUACUAGAAUUGUUUCGCAAGGUUGAGAUUCCGAAUCUGUUCGAUCCCGAAGAUCCUCUCGUGACUAUGUCGUGGAUAUUAACAUUUUUUUACAGGGACUUUCUCCGGCUAGAGAAUCAGAUCCCGUUCUCUAUUCUUGAACGGUUAUUUGAAACUUCCAAAACGCCCGACGAGGAGUCCGGUCCGUCCCUGUCCUUGCUCGCUAUGCGAUUCUUCAACAACAUGAUGCAAAGACCCGACCCAGUCAUAGAGACGUUCCACGAUCUAAAAGGCUUGCAUUUGCUUGACUUGGUUCGGUUGAGUUUUAUCCCAAAGGGAGAAAAAUCGCCGCCACCACACACGGUCAACACAUCCACCCAUAUUAUUCACUGCGUCUCGAAGCUUCGCCGUGCCGGGAUCGAGCUCAAUCAGGGCAAGGAAGAUAGCUUCUUAGCGGUGAAAUUCAGGCACGGUGUGAUUGAGAUGCCCAGCAUAACCAUCGACGAUUUCAUGAGCUCUUUCUUACUGAACUGUGUGGCGUUCGAGCAGUGCCACAAUAGCUGCUCCAAGCACGUUACUACUUACACUACUUUCUUGGAUUGCCUUGUGAACACGGCCAAGGACGUCGAGUACCUCUGCGACUCCAACAUCAUUGAGAAUUACUUUGGCAACGACGCCGAGCUUGCUCGCUUCAUCAACAAUUUGGGAAAGGACGUGGCGUUUGAUCUUAAUCGCUGUUAUUUGUCCAAGCUGUUCAAUGACGUAAACGAAUAUUACCGGAAUAGCUGGCAUGUACAGUGGGCGAGCUUUAAGUAUACGUAUUUUGACACGCCGUGGUCGUUCAUUUCGGCAAUGGCUGCCUUCGUGCUUUUAGUGCUCUCGUUUUUGCAGACCUUCUACACCAUCAAGGCUUAUGCGAAAUCUAAAUCCUAAACCCUCUCCCUUUCCGCCUCCCCUAAACACAAUAAACAAUAUACAUUGUUUGGUAGUAGUUUUAAGAGUGUAAAGUUCAAGGAGUUCUGAGUUGUGAGUUCUUCGUUCUUCUAAUGUAAAUGUAUAAGAAAUUAAUAUUGCAAAUUUGUGGA